GGGUUAAAAUCCUUAACCCAAGGUUAGCUAACCCCAGGUUAAAACUCCGUUGUUCAAAGCAAUGUGAAAGUUGCGGUUAACUAACCCAGGGUUAAGGCAGUUAACCUUAGGUUAAAAAGCGCGCGAAUUCUUGCAAAAUGGCGGACGUUGAAGGAGGGAGACAAAAGAAAAGAAGAAAGCUCAACUUUACGGUGACCGAAAUAGACACUUUGACCAGCAGAGUGCAAGAAAAUUUAGGACUAAUCCAGUCAAAACUAACCAAUGCGGUAACGAAUCAGAAAAAAAAUAAAAUUUGGGAGAAUAUCACAAAAGAAAUAAACGCGAUAGGGGUGGCAAACCGCACAACAAGCGAAAUUAAAGAGAAGUGGAAGAACCUGACCAGCUCCGCUAAGAAAACGUUUGCCGAUGUGAAUAGGCAGAUGCGAAAAACUGGAGGUGGUCCUCCACCUAAAGAACCCACUGCAGCGCAAGAGAGGAUAAUCAAAAUAUUUGAAGAUACUCCUCUUUUUACCGGAUUAAGCGGCUUUGAAACAGGUACCGGUGGGAAGUGAUUGCAUUUGUUGCGCUGAACUGUGGUACAAGUUUGGGCAAGUCUCUAAAUUAGUUUCCAGAGCGCAACGCUUAAUUAAAUU